AGAAGUGCAGUUUUAGGUUUUUUGGCAGUAAACGUCGAUCCGACCGACGGGCUGUAAACCGAAAGUAUACACGGCGACGUUGAAAAACGAAAACGACGACCACGACGGCAACUACCGUAAUCACGGCCGUGAAAACGACUACUAAUCGCAGUUUGGAGUGCAUUGCCUGCUUGAAUAUUGCAGCAGCAUAAGCAGCAUUCGCAGCUUUCGCGAUAGCAGCAGCAGCAGCAGCAGCAUCUAGCAGUCGAGUCAGCAAGCAACAACCUCCAAUCGUCGUCACCAUCCCGUGUGUGACGAUAGAAGUUUGACGGUGUGAAAAGUGCAGUGAAGUGACAGUGAGUACGACACGCGCCGACUUCCUUUGUGUGUCCUGUGUGUGUUUGUGUGUGUGUGUGUAUUUGCACGAGCCGCUGUGACUAAAAAUUACUAGCUGCAGCUCUCUGCAUAGUGCAAGUGCAUCAUAAGAAGACAUUCGCGAAGCCGCAAGGAAGCACAGUACCAGGAAGGAGUGAGCCAGUUUCAACGAGCAACAUGCAACAACCACGCUACAGUCCGGCACCGCCGCCACCAGUAACGAUACGUCCGCAGAUGGCUCCGAGACAUCAGACAAUACCGAAUGGAAGUACCACAGCAGCGCCGCGUAGCGCCUACCCUGGAGCACCACCGCCUGCACCGGCCACACUAAAGGGUGCCCAGCGACCCGCUAUGACUAGUCCGGCCAGCGGCAUCCCCGGUGCACCGUACAGAGGCACCACCUGGACGCAGGGUUACGCCCCGACACAAGCAACCUACCGAUACACCGCACCGCUGGGGCAGACCUAUGCAUAUACGCCACACACCACGACCCAGUACGGACAACGUGUGCCGACAGCAGCGUCGCCCAGCAACACGAACUCGAGCAGCUCAUCGAACACCGGCUCCCAGAGCGGCACGCUGAGCACGAGUCUGAGCAACACGACCAACACAAACAACACGAUGGGUCCUAGCAACACGCCACAGCAGACGGAGCAGCUGUCGAAAACGAACCUCUACAUCCGCGGCCUGCAGCAGGGCACGACCGAUAAAGAUCUUGUCAACAUGUGUGCACAGUAUGGGAAUAUCAUUUCAACAAAGGCAAUAUUAGAUAAAACAACAAACAAAUGUAAAGGAUACGGAUUUGUUGACUUCGAGUCGCCGUCGUGUGCCGAGGGUGCCGUCAAAGGGCUGCAAGCGAAGGGCAUCCAAGCUCAGAUGGCCAAAGUGGGUAUCUGGGUGCUACAUAGGCCGGCCAUUCAACAGGAGCAGGAUCCAACCAAUCUAUACAUUGCGAAUCUUCCCUUGAACUACAAAGAGACGGACGUGGAGAAUCUGCUGUCGAAGUACGGCCAGGUCAUCUCGACCCGAAUUCUGCGCGACCAGAAUGCACAGUCGAAAGGUGUUGGCUUUGCGCGAAUGGAAUCGCGGGACAAGUGCGAGCAGAUCAUCCAGAUGUUCAACGGUAAUCAGCUGCCCGGCGCAAAGGAACCGCUGCUAGUGAAGUUUGCCGACGGAGGCUCCAAGAAGAAGAAUCCGUUCAAGAGCCCGGAUCCGAACACGCGAACCUGGCGCGAAGGGGCCGAGGGUAUCCCGGUGACCUACGAUCCGAGCAUGCAACAGAACGGCAUGAGCGUGAACGUCGGCACACACAUUAACAUGCCGUACAGGGGGUUCAGCACUCCCCAGGUGGGAGGCUACGCCGUUCCCGGCUCCCAGUGGGUGCCGAGCUACAUGAUGACCCAGGCGAUCGCACCGGUCGAGGAACAGCAAUACGUGCAGGUUCCCGCGUCGCAUCUGAGUGUUGGCACACCGUACAAGACGGAUGGGGUCACACCGGUGCAGCCGCGAGGCGUCUCGAUGAUCAUGUCCAGUGAUAAUCCGGCAGCCGUCCAGUACGGCAUGAUGCCACAGUUGGCUACACUGCAGAUCGGCUCAUCGCCCAUCCUAUCUCUCCCGCAACAGCAGUACAUCAGCCCGACCUAUCCGUACUAUCCGACCCAUCCGACGUCCGUCAUCCACACGCUGCAGAUGGGCGACACGGACCAGGCCAGCAAUGCUGCCUCGCCGGAUGAAGCCUACACCACGCAGUAUCAACAUGCUCCGAAGUAGAUCCAUCGCCAUGUGUACCCGGUGCCAGCAGCCACCCUCCCGUAGUCGAGUCGAGAGAAGACACCGCACCGCACGAUGGUCGAUUGUCGGUAAGGAAGAACAGCACUAGCAGCAGCAGCAGCAGCAGCAGCAGCAGCAGUAGCAGCAGUAGUAGCAACAACAACAACAACUACUACUAUUACUAUGUGUCACCGUUACGAUCAGCGGUGUCAUCUGGAACAUGAAUACCAUCCUUACAGUGAGCAUCCAAUAGAACCCGCAACAGCGCCACCACUCGAACAUUUAUCCAACGAACCGAGACAUACCCCAAAAACAAACAAACCCGCGCAACCCAACUCCCGCGUACGAAAGUUCUUUGAUGACCUCCAACACUUCUUUUUAUCACAAAUCCUCCGGAGGACUUAUUACAAAGCAUCACUAACAUGAUCAUCACCAAACCCACACCCGCAACAUCACAUGAAUCGAAGUUGAACGGAGCGAUAGAACGAAAGUGAGCAGAACUUUACCGAACCGAUCGGUAGGGAGUGCAUGCUCGAAUGAAUGCAAUUUCGACGGAUGAUAACGACGGCUCUCGUAGAGGAAAACCAACCGGAGGUAGUGACGUGAUAAGGGCAGCGUGUAGAGGAUGAGAUGUAGAGUAGGCGAUAUGGAGUGCGCAUCAAAACGUGCAAUAGAAAUUUGAGACAAGGGGUAUCAAACUAGAAAAAAACCUAAACCAUCCCAUCUCAAGAUUGAUCAUCCCCGGACAGGUUGCGGUUAAUGUCAAGAAUCCGCCUCAAAACGAAAAUACAACUAACAAACCUC